GGAGUCAUGCUCAAGCCUGGAGACGACCUGGUCGAAGACAUCAACCCUUGCGUUGCCGCCGAAGCUGUUCUGCAGUCGAUGCUCUUCCAACCCUCUGCUCUCAACGCAUCCAUGUCUAUCAUCGGGGAGAAGAGCGCCAACUUUCCGACGCAGACGGAGUGGGAUGAUGAAUUCCUGCGCUUGGAUGGACCUGAGCUCUUCCGCGAGCCUCUUGGGUCCGUUUCUGCUACGGCCUGCAUGGACUGGGUCAAGACCUCCUGGGCACCACGAUGGGAGAAAAGCGGCAGCGGUCUGACGACGCCAGUAAAGAUUGUCGAGACGGCCAACGGAGUUCAGCUCGUCUUCAGGCCUCCCAAGUCAAACUUUGUCUCUUUCAAGGAGGAGAAAGAAGCAGAGAAGGCGCGGGAGAAGGGCGACAUGGACGAGAAGAAUUCCAAGUUUCGCCAGGUCACCGACAAGGAAGGAGGAGUAGAGGUUGUCGUUGAGGACAAGCCCUUUCCCCGCGUUCGGGCCCUGCGGUGCAAUAUGGGAGAGGAGACUGUGAUCAAGGAGACGUCGGAGAAAAUUAUCCUCUCUUCCCUCCGCAAAGACGUCAGUGCAUGGAUCGCAGCGCGCAAGUAGGGAUAGUAAAAUGCAAGGGUCCCUGCCACGGUCUAUUAGUACCGGUACUCUUAAUCGCUUUUUGAAGACAUAAAGACCGGUACUC